AUGGCCUGGACAGACAACAGCCGAGGGACUCUAAUCGAACAAGUGAAGGAAAGGCCCGUAUUGUGGGACAGAGCCAUGCAAUCGGACCCAAACGCUCGAGUUCUUCGCCACGAGGCAAUUCGAGAAAUCGUCGACAUUCUCAACGACACUUAUUUUCCGCAUCUAUCGAAACAACAGUACACACCCGACGAAGUUCGCUCGCAAUGGAAAAACCUCAAGGACACGUACAAAAGGAAACAACGAUGGCUCUCGGAAGGAAAAUAUUCCCGUGACCCAGCCGAGGAACCCACUUGGAAAUUCUUUCGAUUACUACGAUUUUUGGAAAAAGGAAAAGAGGAGGGACCGUUGAGAGAAGACGGCGCGAGCAGCAACGAGGCACCCGAUGGCUCUCAAAUGCAAAUCGUCAGCAAAUUUGAGGCGCCAAGCUCAUCUAGCUGGAAUGAGGAGGCGAACUCGAUCGACUUUUUACUCAAAGCGGCAGAAGUUGUUCAGCGGCCACCCACCGAGAAAUUCAUGAAUCAGCCCCCGCCCAUCCACCCGGUUGUCCCCACAACGAUGCCCCGUGACACCUCGCCGCCACCGAAAAGGGCAAGAACGUCGAUAAUGAUGGGAUCCGGCCCGUCGACUUCACUCCAAAACACUGUUCCCUUGCAAACAACCCAGUUGGCUCAGGAUGAUUUCGGUCAUUUUGGGCAAUUUAUUGGAGUGACUCUGAGACGAAUCGCCGCCGAGGGCUUUCGCGUUGAGGCGCUGAGGCUACAAAAAAAGAUUUCUGAUUUAAUAUUCGACACUCAACUGAGGGCACUCGAGGCCACCGAACGU